AUGUCAAACUCAAACAACCCGUCCGCCAGCGCGACAUACGGCUUUGAUGCCGCCCGCAGACGCUCCCUCAACGCCGCCAGUCCCCCGAAUCCCUACGGUACAGCCCCGCUUUCCCCAUGGCACCGACACGCUGAGUCGAGACCUAACUAUGCGACAGGCCCCUCCCACGAUCCUCCACCGCCGCCGUCCUUUGCGCGACCGCAGAUGCCUCCCCCAUCCUCCCCCACCCAGCAGCAUCCCCAUGCAUCGCAACCGCCGCGCGCCCAGUACCCGUCCAACUUUGGCCCCAACAGAGAGCUGCCAGGACUAGGCCAGGCGCUGCGACCGGGCACGGGAAGCAGCAUGUCCAUCUCCUCCCUCAUCGGCGGCGGAGGUGACACAGGUGCGCCCGUCCAAACAACACAAUCACAGUCGUCACCUGCCACAAGCGCGCCUUCGUCCAACGGCCACAGCAUGCAGCCGCCUUCGCCUCGCCGGGCCCUGCACUCUGGCCCGCGACAAGAUUUUGCUCCAUUCCGACGCCAGCCCACGCCGGAGCGCAGCAUGUAUGGGAGCAACACGUCGCGCCCAUCCGAGGGACACGCCUUUUCGGCUGGCUCUCCGCGACAGUCCUACAGCACCCACGGCUCGCCUGAUCUGGGUCGCCAAUCGCUUCCGCCAACCACGCAGUCUUACAAGCCGAUGAACUUUACCAGUCAACGACCAUACGCGCAAGACCCAAAUCGCCAGCCCCCGGGAGGUGUUCCACCGCGACCAAACAGCCAGCCUCUCGGCCCUCUAGGAGAUGCUGAACAAGAGGGUAGACCGGUGUACGAUGGCUUUGGAGGGCGGCGCAGCGCAUAUGGCCCUCAUGAGGAGCGGCGAAGAACCCUAGGGGAAUCGCACCGACCAAACCCUGCAGACCUCUUGGCUGAUGGUGGCCACAACGCGUCUGAGAGAGACCGGCCUGUGACAGUGCACCCUGUGUCGCAGUCAGCCUUUAGUCCACCUCAAGAGCAUCGCAACAUCGCAGGCUCAUCUGAACCCCCGCGUAGCCUUUGGCGUCAUUCGGCGCCAACAAGCGCUGGUCGCGAACCCAUUCCAGAGAGCCGGCAAGAAGAGCCUCCAGCAAUGCAUCGCGCUUAUGGUCCAUACCCACCCGUACAGGGCGGUACGCGCUACUCUGGCCAGGGUCUUGAGGACAUGCUUCGACGCAAUGUAGAACAGUUGGGUCACCGUGUGGUCGAGCAGUACCACGCCCCUCCCACAUCGGAUCCGAACUCAUUGGAUCGACAUAGGACCGAGCCGCUGUCCCGUUCCUUAUCCUCUGGGGGACGAUCGUUAUACGAUCAGCCCCCUAAGAUGGGCGAGGCCAUGCAACACUCGAAAUCACAUAUUGGCUUUGGACUAGAGGCCAGCCGUCGAACUGGCCGCGCGUCUCCACUUCCACAGGCUGUCCAAGGUGCACAAGCGCAGCCCUUGUCAGUUGGCAAAGAUCCUGGCAUCAAGAGUGAGUUCGGGCGAAUGUUUUCCGGUCUCGGCAGCGGGCUGGGGACGUCAACUCCAUCACGGGGAAGUCCGUUGCCUCAAGGAUCGUUCGAAUCGGACAACGGCGAGAUGAUGAAACGAAUUGGUUCCCAGCAGGGCAGGAGACUAAAACGCGUCAAGGAUGAAGAGGGUAUUUUCGAUCUAGAGAAUGCAGACGGCAGAGGAACACCGUCUGGCACCCGUGGGGCUAAGAGGGGCAAGCACCACCAUCAUCAUGCUCCACAUCACCAUCACCACCAUCAUCAUCACCACCACAAGCCUGACGACGAGGUACCACUUCCAUCGACCUCAGCUCCGAUCAACGGACGACAAUCGAGCGUACCUCAAGCUGUCCCCGGCCAUUCCGUCCAUCACCAUCACCACAUCCAAAGCAACCCACACCAUCAUCAUCACCAUCAUGCUCCUAGAGCUAACCAGCAGGCGCCGCUUGUUCCGACCAAGAUAUCGACCAAAGUUCACGAUGUACAGCCUAUCCUUGACGAAGCGGCUAAACGUCCAAGGAAGCACCUUGGAUCGCAGCUGUAUCAGGCAAGGACAGAAUUGCCAAAACCCAACUCAUCACUGGAUGACCAAUUUGGUUAUGCCUCGAAACCGCAACGACUGCCACGCUUUGAUGUCAAUCCUAUCAAUUGUACCUUCACCAUCAGGGUGCCCCGUUACUACCUGAAGCCACGACAACGACAACACGUUGUAUUGGAGAGGCACCUCUGGGGCGCGCGUGUGUACCGCGACGAUUCAGACCCCAUCGCUACUGCGAUUCAUUCCGGAUGGAUCCGUGGUGAGUGGGAUGACACUGUCGAUGUCGCCAUGCUGGAUCCACGCAUUACGGCACCCAACGACCCAUCGGACGCCGAAGACGUUCUCACCAAAAUGCCAGCUGCUCCUGUGACGCCGCCUGCAGAUAUGGAUCUACAGAUUGAGAUACUUAUUCUACCACAAUUACAAGAGUACACGGGCUCAGUCGAAUACGGCAUCUCGAGCAGAAAGAGCAAGGCUCAUGAAGGCCUCAGCUUCAUGAUCAACAAAAUCAGAUGGGUCGAAGAAGGAAUUGGCAGCCGAGGACAAGAAAGGACAGCAGCUGCGCUAAAGCGUCGUCUUGACGCCAGUGCUACUCUGCUCGCAUUGCAGAGUGGAAUCGACAACUCUCACCGCAGGGUCAACGGUAUGGCGAAGCUGCAUGCUUGA